UAUUGCCGGAAUCGAAUCUCCGGUCGUCUCCCUUCCCCUCCCUCCCGACCCGUGAGCGACGCGUCGCUUUGUACCCCCUCCACUUCUAUCCCCACAUCUCCGCCCCGCCGCGCUUCCCCGACGAGCCGGCGGCGGCCAGAAGAUGGAGGGAGCCGGCAAUGAUGGCAAUCCUUUGAGGAAUUACCGGAUUGGUAAGACCCUGGGGAUUGGCUCAUUUGGGAAGGUGAAAAUUGCAGAGCAUAUAAGUACUGGACAUAAGGUGGCAAUCAAGAUCCUCAACCGUCGCAAAAUAAGAGGCAUGGAGAUGGAAGAGAAAGUAAAAAGAGAGAUCAAGAUAUUGAGGUUAUUUAUGCACCCACAUAUCAUCCGUCUCUAUGAGGUGAUAGACACACCAGCUGAUAUUUAUGUGGUUAUGGAGUAUGUUAAGUCUGGGGAGUUGUUUGAUUACAUUGUUGAGAAAGGUAGGCUGCAGGAGGAAGAGGCUCGCCGUUUCUUCCAACAGAUUAUAUCUGGUGUUGAAUAUUGCCAUAGAAACAUGGUGGUGCACCGCGAUCUAAAGCCAGAGAACCUCCUAUUGGAUUCGAAAUGCAAUGUUAAGAUUGCGGAUUUUGGCUUAAGUAAUGUUAUGCGGGAUGGUCAUUUCCUCAAGACAAGUUGUGGUAGCCCAAAUUAUGCUGCUCCUGAGGUGAUCUCUGGUAAACUAUACGCUGGGCCUGAAGUUGAUGUAUGGAGCUGUGGGGUUAUUCUUUAUGCUCUUCUAUGUGGUACUCUGCCAUUUGAUGAUGAGAACAUACCAAACCUUUUUAAGAAAAUAAAGGGUGGAAUAUAUACCCUUCCCAGCCAUUUGUCAGGUGCGGCAAGGGAUUUGAUUCCAAGAAUGCUAGUUGUUGAUCCUAUGAAGAGGAUCACCAUUCGUGAAAUCCGUGAACAUGAUUGGUUCAAAAUUUAUCUCCCACGCUAUUUGACUGUGCCUCCUCCAGAUAGUGCCCAACAAGUUAAAAAGAUUGAUGAGGAAACAAUCCGUGAGGUUAUAGGUAUGGGGUAUGACAAGAACCUGUUGGUGGAAUCAAUCCAAAAUAGAUUGCAAAAUGAGGCAACAGUUGCAUAUUAUUUACUUUUGGACAAUAGGCUUCGUACAACCAGUGGCUAUCUUGGAGCUGAGUGUCAAGAAGCUAUGGACUCCUCAUUCCCACACAGAGCAUCAUCUGAAACACCAAGUUCAGCACGCGGGAAUCGACAACAGAUAUUUAUUGAAUCUCCAAUUGGCUUGAGACCACAUUUUCCAGCUGAGAGGAAAUGGGCUCUUGGGCUUCAGUCGCGAGCACAUCCAAGAGAAAUAAUGACUGAAGUGCUAAAAGCUCUACAAGAACUGAAUGUUUAUUGGAAAAAGAUUGGACACUACAACAUGAAAUGUAGAUGGAGUCCUGGCUUUCCUUGUCAAGAGAGUAUGAAUCAUAACAAUCAUAACUUCAGUGCAGAAUCCAUUGAAACCGUUGACCUGAGUGAGAUGUUAAAUUUAAUUAAGUUCGAAAUUCAGCUUUACAAAACCAGAGAUGAGAAAUACCUCCUCGACUUGCAAAGAGUCAGUGGACCGCAGCUCCUCUUUCUGGACCUGUGCGCAGCCUUUCUAGCUCAGCUGUGAGUUCUUUGAUUCCCAGUGUCUGCUUUCCAUCAGUUCCAUUCCUUGCGUUGGACAAGAGGAAUGUCGAGUCGCUCACAAGAUGUAAAAUUGUAAAUAGUAAGCUCUCCAGUUAAUUGAAUUUCUGGAGUAGACAUGCGAGGCUGUUCGUUCCUGCUUUCGAUGGCUACCUUGACGAGCAAAGAUGCCUUCCGGUUCUUUAUAGCUGCCGGUAAAUGUACUAGGAUAUACAGUGAACUAGUUCGGUGCUUUAAUGGCAUAAUGUCUCUAUCUACAUGGAUAAUUUCAGCUAUUACAAUGGUUAAUUGAAAGCUGAGCUGCUUACUUGUCA